AGCAGGCCCAAGAGAGUCGUGUGGGGCAGCCUGGGAUAGUCUUCACCGGCCAGCUUUCCUGUCAAGGGUCUACCAAGAGUCCCCUGGCCCUGCUCUCAAGAGGAAAAGAAGGUUUAAGGAAGGGAAUGGCUCUCCUGCCACAGCCCCUCAUCCCCUGAAAAUGUAUACCUGUGCAAAGUUCGUCUCCUCCCCCUUCUUGGUCAGGAGCACCUCUCAGCUGUUGAGCCGAUCACUGUCUGCAGUGGCACUAAAACCACCAGAGACACUGACAGAUGAGAGCCUCAGCAGCUGGGCAGCCCCACGUCCCCUGACCUCACUUAUUCCUAGCCGCGGUUUCCAAACCAGCGCUGCUUCAAGGGACAUCGACACAGCAGCCAAGUUCAUUGGGGCUGGGGCUGCCACAGUUGGGGUGGCUGGUUCUGGGGCUGGAAUUGGGACUGUGUUUGGGAGCCUCAUCAUUGGUUAUGCCAGGAACCCCUCUCUGAAGCAGCAGCUCUUCUCCUACGCCAUUCUGGGCUUUGCCCUGUCGGAGGCCAUGGGGCUGUUUUGCCUGAUGGUGGCCUUUCUCAUCCUCUUCGCCAUGUGAAGGAGCCGUCUCCACCUCCCAUAGGUCUUUUUCCCGUGUCACGUCUGCCCUGUAUGUUCCUUUUCCUAUACCUCCCCAGGCAGCCUGGGGAAAGUGGUUGGCUCAGGGUUUGACAGAGGGAAGACAAAUAAAUACUGUAUUAAUAAGA